UCUCUCAGGGCGCUCCCGCGGCGCAGCCUGCUUUGCCACUGUGGGCGGCCCACGCCCUCGGCCCGAACCCGACCCGCCCAAUCCAACCCCGCAACGAGGGGGCGGGGAGGGAGCAGACCAUCCCGGCCCUGCCCGACCCAACCCAGCCCUGCGGAGGACCUUACGAAAAUGCCAGAAAACUUGCCACCUCGAAUCCGAUAACUCCUGGACUUCCCCCCCUGAGGGUUGCCGCCGAGCAUCGGCGCACGACGGCGGCGGCGACCUGCCGGGGGGGCCGCCAAUGGAUGCGGGGCGGGUGGCCGCGGCGCUGCGGGCGGUCAUCGGGCUGCGGGUGCCGCCCGAGACUCUCGGCUACCUGGCGGAGGUGCUAUCGGAACUGUCCGCGGAGGAGCUGUCGGACCCAUUGGAGGUGCGGACGCUUCUGGAGCCUUUCCUCCUGGACUCGGACGCCCUCAAGCCAGGCCGCGAACGGCCGACCGACACCAAGAGCCUCGUCCUCGUCGAGGCGCUGUGCGAGGAGGUGCACGGCCGGCUCAUGGCCGGCCUCUCCGCGGCGGGGCCCCCAGCGCGGUGCGGAGAGGGGCCGGCCGACCAAAGGUGUACGGGAAGCCAGGAGAUGAGAGGCAGUCGCAGCCGCCGGCGGCGCCGGCCGCGGAGCCGCGCGGCCGGGACCAGGAGAGGGAGGCCUUGUGCCGCGCCGCGGAGCCGCUGGGCCCCGCGGCCGUGCCGCAGGGUCCCGCGCUGGAGAGUGCCUGGUGGCCGCCCUGGAGAUGCUCGACGACGCGGAGGUUGCCGACGUCGAUGGCCUUUCUGCCCUGGUCGGACCGACAAUGAUGGACGUAUUCCACGAGCUGGGCGACUGGGAGCCGGCCGAGGAGACAGUGCGAGGUUGCGGGCGUUCUGCGAACGCCUCUCCGAGGGCCUGCUGCUCGCGCGCGCGGGCGCGGCCGUCGAAAACAUGCGAGGGGUGUGACGCGAGAA